AUGCCACCACCACCACCACAACCAGCUGCAGUAGGCAUGGCUGAGCCAACUGCAUUCCAAAAGAUGAAGGUAAGCGGUAUGGGCGCUCUAAUGGGCUCAACAGUUGGUUUGACCAUUGGUUUCAUUUUUGGUGGUUUCUCUAUCAUAAGGGCUGGUCCAGGUCCUAGAGGUGUCAUGGGUACUCUAUCACAGUACAUGCUCAGUUCUGCCGCUACUUUUGGCUUCUUCAUGUCGAUUGGUUCCGUCAUUAGAACUGAGGAGGAAUUCAGACAGAGAAGGGCGCUUCCGGUGAGAAUAAUAGAUAACAAGCAACAUUAA